AUGGCACACCCUAUUAUUGAUGAAAACAUUAAAGAAAACUACCCAAAAGAACUGUUGAUCCAAAGCCACAUAAAGUUUUUAGUAAAAUGCACCAAGAAAACAGAUUCCACCAUGGACUACUGCAAAAUGUCUGGCAUAUAUUGGGUUUUAACGGCUCUUGAUCUUCUCGAUGCCUUAUCCGAAGUAGAUAGAGAUGAAAUGGUCGAUUACGUAUUGAGUUGCAGAAAAGCUGAUGGAGGGUUCUCCCCGUCACCCAAACAUGAUUCACAUCUACUGUCAACACUUAGUGCCAUUCAGAUUCUAGCACUUUUUGACUCAUUAGAUAACAUUAACGUUGAAAAAAUUUGUGAAUAUGUCGCCAAAUUACAACAAAAAGAUGGCAGUUUCGCUGGAGAUAUUUGGGGUGAAAUAGAUACGCGUUUUGCAUUCUGUGCUGUUGCCAUAUUACACAUACUUGGUAUGCUAUCCAAUGAUGUUAUUGAUAUUGAAGCCUGUGCUACAUACCUUGAACAAUGUCAAAAUUUAGACGGUUGUUUCGGUACUCAACCUGGGAGUGAAUCACACGCUGGUCAAGCAUAUUGUGUUGUCGGGGCUUUAGCUAUCCUACGUCGGUUACGUCGACUGAAUAUAGAUCGUGCUGCUUGGUGGUUAGCAGAACGUCAACUUCCGAGUGGAGGUUUGAAUGGUAGACCUGAAAAGCAGCCUGAUGUUUGUUAUUCAUGGUGGGCUGUAGCUACACUCACCAUUCUUGGCCGACUUACAUGGAUUAAACACGAUGAUUUGACUCGAUUUAUUUUAGCCUCACAAGAUAUUCAAACUGGUGGGAUUGCUGAUCGACCAGGGAAUAUGCCUGAUCCAUUUCAUACACUAUUCGGACUGGCUGGUCUAUCUCUAUUGGCUCGUGUAGAUGCCAACGCUAUGGCUAUCAUCCGCCAACAGAAUAAUCAUCAUCAUCAUGAUCAUCAUUCUUCAUCACAAAAUGGUGGAUCAAAUCAUGAUAAUGGCGAUGCUUCUGGUGCUGGUGAAAUUGACCAAGAAGAAGGCGAAAAAGAAGAUCCAGCUAUCAUUGCCCUGAAGGUGGCUUAUCAUAAACUGAAGCCUAUUCAUCCUGUAUUAUGUAUGCCACAAUAUGUGAUUGAUCGGUUGAAAUUAAAAUUUCAAUUAUUAUGA